UAUUUAGAUGUAAUAUUUAGGAUGAUUGUCGUUGGUCUAGAAAUAACGGCAGAUAUUACAUAGCAUCGCUCAUUUCUCUUCCUGGAUUUACUGUAUAACCUGCAAUAUAGGCUACAAGUCGUCUCUCUGUGAAUUUUUCUUUUUUACCAUAAUAGAUACUUCAAUCAAUGGCAGGUCUUAAAUCGAUAGCACCCGGAACAAACCACUCAAUUUGUGCUUUGUAAAAGAUGAGUUGGUUUCUUUACCGGACGUCGUAGCAACACCGGUGUGUCCGGUCGCUUUUCUUAAAACUUUCAACCGCAGAUAUAAAGAAGACAUACUGCACCGGUAUUUCCCAGACAUCUUGUUCAGAAAGCCUAGGAUUUUGCUCUUACAUAUUGCCAUUAUAUAAUGGCGGCAGAAUUUUGCUAUUCACAGGAUCUGACUAACCUGACGAUGAAACUGGCUAAGACCAUGUCUCCUGUCGAUUCUGCAGUGAUGUUUACGCUUGGGGUCAGCGGAAAUAUACUGGCCCUUGUAAUGUUAGUUCGCAAUGCUGCCCAUCACAAAUGGAAGAUAUUCUACAGGCUUGUUGGAGCUCUCGCGUCCUCAGACUUGUUUGGAAUCUUGUCCACGUCCCCCGUUGCCUUUGCUGUUUAUGACAACCAUUUUGUUUGGCCAGGGGGUCAACCAGUCUGCGAUUAUUUGUCCUUCAUGCUUAUUUUUGCAAGCAUGGGGACCCUUACUAUAGUAAGCGCCAUGUCACUAGACAGAUAUUUAGCUGUUUGGUAUCCGUUCUUUUACAACAUUUCUCAAAAGAAAAGACGGGUUCACGUGAUGCUUGUUGGAGUUUGGGUUUUUGCUACCCUCAUCGCCUCAAUGCCGUUGAUGAACUUUGGGCGAAAUAUACGACAUUUCCCAUGCACUUGGUGCUUUUUUGACUAUUAUGGAACUUAUAUGUCAGACAGAGCAUUUUCGAUACUAUAUGCAACACUGGGAAUACUUAACACCAUCGUCUCAUCUACGUUCAACUGUCUUGUUCUUUAUGCUGUUUGCAGGGGAACGAUAAACACACGCCGCAUGAGCAUUCGAAGUGCACGUGGAAAAAAGAGGGAGAAAAAGAACGAGAUCUUCAUUCUGAUAUUCCUAAUUGCCAUUUUAAUUGUGCACGCUGUAUGUUGGAUGCCACUUAUGAUUCGUGUUUUGAUCAACACGUCUGGUGCCAGACCAAACUACAAAGCAGACCUUUUGGCUCUUCGAAUGGCAUCAUGGAAUCAAAUCCUCGAUCCAUGGCUGUAUAUACUGCUCAGAAAAGAAAUGCUCACUAGAAUUUACAUAUUUUACCGGAAAAAGCGAUACGGUGUGGUUUUUGUUACACCGGCAAGCUCGGAAAGUCUAUCAGGGAGCAUGCGUCUCCAAGCCCUAAAUUCCAAGCAGAGACUUCAGAAAAUGAAUUCAACAGAAUCAAACACUACCACAACUGAAAUUAAAGAGCUUCUCAACACUGCACAGUCAUAAAAAGAAUUUUGCAUUUUAGUUAUAUAGUGAAACUGCAACUCUAUAUAAUUGUAUGUUGUAUGACAAAAAUAACGUUUGCUUUGCUUUGGAAUAGGGAAGAGUUCUUUCAUUGGAUAAUGUGUUAUCACCUUAUUGACGUCUAUGUUUCUAAAGACGAAGGAAUUUAAAAUGAAGACAGCAUUUUAGCAGACAAAACGUCUUUAUAUUUAUAUCGUUUUUAUAUGAAUUAAUACAUGUAUAUAAGACGGUUUUAAUUAACGACAAAACAGAUCGGUUUCCUGUUUCCUUGUUAGGUUAGUUUCUGACUGGCUACGGAAACUAAGAGGGCUGGAUGCUUUGUAUAUGUUCAAUGUUAUUUUCAAUUCUCCUAUUUAAAAAAUAGUUUAUGGCUAAAUGUAUUAUAUUAAAAAGUUUUAAAACAUAUCAGAAGGCAAUCUGUUGACCGCCCAGUUUCCUCAAUCCCGGCUAAUAAAACUAAUAGAAUGCGUUGCAUAUGAAUUGACCAUUGGACAUCGAAGUUCUGAGACCAGCGCUUUUGAAAGAGAUUAAGUUUAACAGAAAUCAACAAUUGUAUCAAAGCAACCUUAGAAUUAUAAUGACAUAUCUAUAAUUCUAAGUGUUUCAAUUCUAGCAAUUUCCAAUAUCUGAAAAUUAUAAAGAAGUGUUUUCUAUUGAUUUGUCUUAGUAAUCAAAUAAGCGUUUCAAUGAUAUCGUUGAUCUGUUCUGUAUAUUGUAUUUGCUCUUAUUGAUGCCUGUCAUGUUGCAAAUUAUUUUUUUUACGCACGCAGGGUUUAUCUAUUGAUUUCCUUCGAUACAGGAUUUGGUUUAUGAGCGACAAAAUGUGUAAGAAAAAAUAAGCCCUUUCUUUUAAAAACAAAUUUUAAAAAGCACUUUGUAAUUUAACUUUACUAUGUGUUUGCUUAUAUUGUUUGUUUGCUUUGUUUGAAUUCAGACCUAUUGAAAAAUGGCAAUCUGAUAUCGAAUUAAACAUGUCACUAUAUAAUAAGGUUGAAUUUUUUGACACACUGUUGAAAGCUUUUAAACGAUAAGCAUCAAGAAAUCUAUUUUGAGAAAAUUUUCUGGUUUGUUAAAAUGUCAUUGCUUAUAUUCAAUGUAGAAAUAAGUGGUAUUAUGAUACAUGUAUCUGCAUUUUGGUAUUCAUUUCCAUGUGCGUUGUAUAUAGUCCCCUUUGUAUAUACUAUUCAGUAAAGCUCUCAAUAAAAAAAAUAAUGAUUAAUUGUUUUUAAAUUAUUAUAUAUAAUGGGAAAAAUGUUGCAAGAUUUUCCAGAGAUAAUAUUGUUCAAGUUAUCUGAAAAUUCAUAUACACCAUCUACAAUGGAUGCAUGCAUUCUUUUAAAUUCAAAUUCAGAUAAAAAAGAAGGGGCAGUGUACAAAAAAAUUAGUAAGACCUUUUCUUUAUUUUUUAAAAAUAUGGUGUUUAUAGUUAGCCAUA